UCUACUGGUUUCUCUGUUGUAGCCACGUGUUUUUCCCAACCCCUCUCCUUCUUCAUGAUCCAUCUUCCUUCUCUUAUUUUCCUUCAUCCAAAAAAACAUUGUUCUUCUUUUCUCUAUUCAUCAAUGUCAAAUGUCGUUUGCUUCGUCUUUUCGUGAAAAAACGGUUUCAUUCUUCUAUUCCACGGUAUUACUUCAUUUCAUGUUUAUAUCAGUGGAUGAUUUACAUGCAAAUAAUAUUGCUUAUUAUUAUUGUUGUUGUUCUAUUCAGUUGGUAGGUUUUUGUCUGAAAUCAUGGUCUAGAGCAAAGCAAUAUAGAAUGAAUGCUGAUGAAUGAUAUAUGUCUAUUCAUUAUUACACGCAACAACAAAUUGAAGAAGAAUUUCACAUGUCAAACGAGGUCUAAGAAAGAGGAAAUUGAAUUGUGUUUAUGUAUGUUUUCCUUGUUGAUGAUUGUAAUGCUAUAUAUAGAGGAAUGAAAGACAAGCAGGCAACAAGCUAACCCAUGACGAAACAACCCUCUUGAAAACUACAUUCUUAGAUCUUCUAGAAUACACGACAUUGAUAUGCAUGACCCUUUAACUUUUCGUAUAAGAUCCACAACCUUUGGUACUAGGAAACCAAAAGUGUCAAAUACAAAUGGCAUAGAAAAUGUUGAUUGUCAAAACACACUUUCUCAUGUUUGGUCACUUGGCUUGAAGCGACUUCGAGGGCUGUCUGUCCCACAGUAAAAGUCCUAGUCCCCAAUCCCACAAGUGGGAAAACCCCGGUCAAGUCCACACAUGUGGUUAUACCAUUGCUAUCAUGCGAUAAAUCAUAAAUGAUUUUGAAUUGCGCCAUACAAUAUCUAAUUGUUCUUUUGAAACAUUUUAUGAUUGAAAAUUCAGCUUGGCAAUUUGCGAUUUGAAUCUUGUUCUGAUAAUAACUAUGUUUGGAAUAUCGUAAGACUUGAGUUUUAAGUGCAUUCCUGAUUAGUUUACAAAAAUUAUUUUACUAUUUUGAUCUUGAGUGACAAAAAUAUUACCUUGUUUUCAUUUCAUUUUGUAUUUCCAAAGGUUUGUAUAUAACAAAAACAAGAUUCUUAAGGAAAAGCGUAUUCUACUUUUCCCCAUAAGAAGGAAACAGAGAAUAUGGGGGCUUUCUGACGAGGAUGUUUUAGCUUGAUUAAGAUUUGAAAAGAAAGAUGUCAUUUAGGAGAUUGAGAGAUAGUAUACUUGAAAAGAUUUUAUCUCCAGAAGAGCAGCAGAUCAAGAUCGCAGAAGUCGGAAGGAUAAUUGGUCCAAUUGCCGACAAGUUCCCGGCUAUAUGUUCGGAUGCAUCAGUGCUAAGGUUUCUUAAAGCACGAAACUAUAAUACUAUAAAAGCUGCAAGGAUGUUGAGAGCCAGCAUAAAAUGGAGGCUGGAGUUCAAGCCUGACAAGAUUAGAUGGGAUGAUGUAGCUCAAGAAGCUUUGAUGGGAAGGAUAUAUAGGGCUGAUUACUUGGACAAGCAAGGAAGGGUUGUUUUUGUUAUUAAAGCUGGACGUCAGAGUACAAGUGCGACAAUCGUACAGAUCAAGUACCUUGUUUACUGUUUGGAGAAUGGUAUAUUUAAUUUAAGUUCCACACAAGAACAAAUGGUUUGGCUAAUUGAUUUUCAAGGGUGGAGCACAUCGUGCAUAUCAGUAAAGGUCACCCGAGAUGCUGCUCAAGUCUUGCAGAAUCAUUACCCUGAAAGGUUGGGCCUUGCAGUCUUCUACAAUCCGCCAAAAUUGUUUGAGUCAUUUUGGACGAUGGUGAAACCAUUUCUUGAACCCAAGACUUACAGAAAGGUGACAUUUGCUUAUCCUGACAACCAAAGGAGCCGAACGAUGAUGGAAGAACUCUUUGACAUGGACAAGCUAGAAUCCUGUUUUGGUGGAAAAAAUACAGCUGGAAUGAACUUUGAAGCUUAUGGUCAAAAAAUGAGAGAAGAUGACAAAAAGAUGAUUGAUUUUAUUGAUUCUUGCUGUUCAACCUCAGAAGCUAAUGAAGUACUGCAAUCAAGGAAUGAUUCUGAUAAUGAGUCAUCUGGUAGUGAAGCUGUUUAUUCAAACUUGGAUGAAGAUGAAGAAACUAUACUGAAGCGGUCGCCGUACUCCGAAUAUGAACCCAUGAAUGAGGUUCAUCAUGAGAAAAAUGAGUGAAGAGCUGAGCCAAAAUUUAGCAGACCAAUAUGUAAGGUUGGUUUUUAAGUUGACAUCUACAUUUAUUUCAACCAAUGCCCAAUUAGAUCACUAUCCAAUGUAGCAGACAUCAAUAUAUGGAGCCAUGCACCUUUUCAGUGAAAGUGUGAAGAAGUUGAGUUGGCUCUUUUGGCAUGAGAAUUUCAGAAGUGGGGUGUGUUUGUAUUUUGAAAUGUGUAAGGAUUUGUUGUCAUGCAACCCACCGUUCUUUCAUGUACAGUCUAACCUAUGUCCUAAAUGUAA